UCCAUCCUUCUCUAGUCAUAUUGAAGAGUUGUCAACACUCGCUCACCAAAUGAAGAUAGUCGUUUGGAUGCAAAACAAACUCUAUAGGAGACAUGACAGCAAGAAACCAAACUCCAUUUCUGUUGAUUAUCACAUUCGGCAAGAAUCUCGUAAAGAAGAAUUCAUUGACUGGCCUAAUGAAUUGCUGGCAAUUGGGACGUUUGGAAAUAAAUCCAUCAAAGAAGAAUUUAAGCAUAACCAUUUCUCCCAAAAUCUUCCCCAAGAACUUACACCUGAAGAAGUUGGAAAACUACAAAAUGAGCUGAGCAUCUUAUUGCAUAAACAAGGUGGAUCAACUGAUGGAGCAGAAUCAGAAACUGCUAAUUUUUUCAAUAGCCAAAAAAGCGUGCAAGAUGACAGUACAAAUUUUGACGGCUGUUCUGACGAGUCAAACAACAAAGAUUGCUGUGUUCAGGCUAACAACGAGGUUGUUACCAGCAGAAGGAAAGAUAUAUGGGCAGACACCAGUGCAGCAAUUAACAAAAAGUCCUUGUCUUUUCUUCUAAAGAAGAUGUUCAUUUGUGGCGGUGGAUUCUCUCCUACCCCUAGUUUAAAGAAUCAAGUCCCAGAGUCCAGAAUGGAAAAGCUAUUGAGGGCAAUACUUCACAAGAAGAUAUAUCCACAAAAUCCGAGUCCAAAAUCAUCAACGAAAAAAUAUUUGGAGAACAAACAGAAGCCGAAGUCUGCCGAUGGGGAUGGAAUAAAUGAGAGGGCUGAUGAAGGAAGUAAAUGGGUGAAGACAGAUUCUGAAUAUAUAGUAUUGGAGAUAUAAAUUAAAUUGGCCCUGGCCAGAUGCAUGUGAAGGUUACAUGAUAAUGAUCCGUGGUUGAACCGUCCUGCUUUCAAUAUACGGAGCUAAAUGGCUUGAAAUAAUCGCCCAAGCCGUACUAAACUGUCUUCAACUUUCAUGAAAACUGCAACAUCUAUCUUAAACAUAGGAAUGAAGCAUAAUGUCCGAUUUAUAAACGUGCAAUAUAUAUAUAUAUAUAUAUGCCACUAGCCUAAUGCCUUUGAUUCCCAAGCGAAUGAUCUUAUACCAAAGGCUGAGCAUAGUUUUUUCUCAAGUUACAAGGAAUUGAUUAGCAUCUGGAGGACAAUAAAAAGAUUUGUUGGUCUAGACAGGCAGGUUCAGGCUGAGUUUUGUGCUCGUGGGGCAUUCUGAGCUUUGUUUUCUAUGGGAGAAAAAGAAAAUCUUGAAAUAAAGAAGAAUUUAUUGGAGUUUUAGGCCUAAGCUUGUUUGUUGUUACGUUUAUGCUUGCUGUAAGGGCAGCAACG